AUGGCUGAAGAACAUGAAGGGAAUUCAUACCCGAUAUCAGUCAAGUUUCGGUUCAACGCAAACACGUUGUCUGCAGUAGGCGACUGGAGCGACAGCGAGCAUCCCAACGUCCUGCGUUUGACCAUUCUCCGAUCUUCGUUUGAUCAAGCCGUCAUCUCGAUCCUUUUAGCACUGCCCUAUGCCAUCCAAAACUUCGCUCGAGCCCUCGUCCCCGGCUACUUCCUUCCCCCGCGAAUCGUUCUGAAGAAGACGAAGCCCCAACGGGACGACGAGUUUAACAACGAGGUGUGCAUGUACGAACGAUUGCGGCCGGUCCAGGGCCACCUCAUUCCGAUAUGCUAUGGACUAGCAUGGUGUGACGGCACGCGGGCUUUGGUCCUGUCCAAGGUCAACAGGGUUCUGCCAUUUGAGCAACCAGUAGAUUCUCCAUUAAAUGCUGCAGAGUUUUGCCGCCGGUUGGAGGUAGCCUAUGGUGAGCUUGGUACCUUCGGGCUGAUGUAUGGUGACCCAAAGCUAGAUAAUUAUCUCCUUGUUGAUGGCAGAAUUGUUAUUGUGGACCUGGAAUCAGUAGAAGAGGGGAAGGAGGAGGGAGUGAUUGAGCGCGUAAUCGAGUCAAAUGUUGAGUUUGCGAGGGAUCGAUAUAGAAGUUAUCUGAAGAGUCGACAUAUGCCGUGGUAG